UACGUCACUCCAAGUAAAAGACGUUUUGUCAUUUUCUAUUGGCCGCUUUUUAACAUACAACAGAUCACUUCCGCCUUGACAGCCGUGAGGUCACUUCCGCUACACAUCCGUCUUUCUCCACCGUGAAUAACAGGUAAACAGCAAGCAGUCCAACAACAUGGCCAGCGACGGGAUCGACCACAUCACCAAGGUUCUGGUGCAGUCUGCCAAGUUGGUGGAGGACAAGGUGGAUGCAGAGUUGACCAAACUAAGCGAAAUGGAUGAAGACGACUUUGAAAGAAUGAGGGAAAGACGAUUAGAGGCGUUAAAGAAAGCCCAGAAACAGAAGCAGGAGUGGCUAUCUAAAGGUCACGGAGAGUAUCGGGAAAUCCCGAGUGAGAAGGAAUUCUUCAGUGAGGUCAAGGAGAGCAAGAACGUUGUCUGCCAUUUCUACAAAAACUCCACCUUCAGAUGUAAGAUCCUGGACAAACACUUGGCCAUUCUGGCUAAGAAGCACGUGGAGACCAAAUUCAUCAAACUCAAUGUGGAAAAGGCACCCUUUCUCACAGAGCGCCUGCGCAUUAAAAUCAUCCCCACUCUGGCACUGCUCAUUGACGGGAAGUCAAAGGACUACGUGGUCGGCUUCACAGACCUGGGAAACACAGAUGAGUUCAGCACAGAAGUGCUGGAGUGGCGACUUGGCUGUGCCAGUGUUAUCAAUUACAGUGGUAACCUGAUGGAGCCGCCCACAGCCACACAGAAGUCACACUCCAAGUUUACCAAGGUGGAGAAGAAAACUAUCAGAGGGCGGGGCUACGACACAGACUCCGAUGAAGAGGAGGACUGAGGAAAAACCUGACGGAUGUCAGGUUUUACCCUCUCUGGGCUACCUCGUUUUUAUAUUUACUAGUCAGCCCUCAAGCCUCCAUGUUGGAUGACUGCUUAGUUUCUUUGGUGAUACAAUGUCUACUUACAUCAGGGGUGUCCAAACUUUUUCCACUGAGGGCCCCACACUGAAAAAUAAAAGCAAGCAGGGGCCAUUUUCAUAAUUUUUAGUUUAAAAACCAACACUAUUUUGUGAACAUUUUCAAAUGAUCACUUCUAAGACAGUCUUGUGAAAUCACAAUAUCCCAUUUCAACUAGCUAGCCACUAACAUUUUUUAACAAAUCAUGAAUUACUUUGCACCAUGUUUGUACAAAUAAUAACUCAUGUAAAAUACAAAAGUCAACUCUCAAAUGUUUAAAUAAAUCAUGUCACACCUUGAA